UUAGUUUCUGUCCCUCUCCUGCGGCCGUAGCGCUCUCUUACCUGGAGCAGAAGGCGGGGCUGUCCCUCGUCACAUGACUGAUCCGGCCGGUGACACACCUGGGCAGUGGGCGGAGCUGCCUCAGUCACGUGAUUCCUCCCGGGGGCUGAGGACACACCUGGAGAUUCGUACCUGGGGUAGGAGCGGCAGACUUCUCGCCCUAAGACACCUGAACGGAAGACCCCGGGAGCAGCAGUACCACAGCGGCCGCCACCAUGAAGGAGCCGGACAUCAAGUACAACAACCGCCCGCAGAGCUUCAAUGGAAUUGAGGAAAUGGUUGAGUUUCUUCCUGCCACAAACACGAAAAAAAUGGAGAAAAUGACGCUAAAAAAGAAACUAUUGAUAGUUGGCAUAAUUGUCGCCUUUGCACUCAUUUCUCUCGCAAUCGGCCUCUUAGUCUGGCACUUUGCAUACCGGAACAGACCAGUACACAAAAUGUUUACUGGUUAUUUAACGGUAACUAAUAUCCCUUUUGUUGAUGCAUAUGAGAACCCAGCAUCUCCAGAAUUUGCAGAUCUAUCCUCAAAAGUGAAUGAAGUGCUGCUGAAUGCCUAUCUCAGUGAUCCUGCCAUUGGGCCAUUCGUGCUCAGCUGCAACGUCACAGCAUUCAGUGAGGGCAGCGUCAUUAGUUAUUACGUGUCAGAGUUUAAAGUGCCAGCAUAUCAGGAGGACGCCCUCGACAAAGCCAUGAGUGAGCUAAAGGUGAAGACGGCCAUUGCGCGGCGUAUGACUCUGGCGGUGGAUGCGUUUGUGGCAUACCAGACCGAUCCGCAGAUGGCGAGAAUGUUCCGUGACAACCGCUGCACUUUUUUACUUCACGCCAGCCCUGGAGUUGUGACUCAGUUUUCCACCCCUGGAUUUCCCAACUUUCCUUAUGGACCUAAUGCCAGGUGUCAAUGGGCAUUGCGUGGAGAUGCUGGUCACAUGCUACUGCUUCACUUCAAAACCUUCAAGAUGGAGCCUUGCAAGGCAAACAAAGGAGACUACAUUACUGUGUAUGACUCUCUGACCGCCAUGGAGCCGCGCAUUAUGGUGAAGUUAUGUGGCAGUUACCCCCCGUCCUACAACUUGACCUUCAUUUCCUCACAGAAUGUCAUGCUGGUCACUCUGGUCACAGACAAUGUGGGGAGGUAUCCUGGCUUUCUGGCUGAAUUUAAACAGAUAGAGAAGACCACAUUGUGCGGGGGAGUCUUAAAAGAUGCCAGUGGUGAGUUCAGUACGCCCUUCUACCCAGCUCAUUACCCUCCCAACAGGGAAUGUAUAUGGGACAUCCAGGUUCCUGCAAACCAGCAUGUGAAGAUUAGAUUCCUCAUGUUCUACCUCUUGGAGCCCUCAGUCCCCAUCACAUCGUGUCCCAAGGACUACGUGGAGAUCAAUAAUCAAAAAUACUGUGGGGAACGAUCUCCAUUUGUCGUUUCCAACAACAGCAGCAGAAUGAUUGUGAAGUUCCGUUCUGACCAGUCGUUCACGGACACCGGCUUCUUGGCAAACUACUUAACCUACGAGCCUGAUAAUCCCUGUCCCGACCAAUUCGUCUGUAAGAGCGGCCGCUGUAUAGACUUGGAUCGGAAGUGUGAUGGAUGGAAUGACUGUGGAGAUUCAAGCGAUGAAAAUUCAUGCACCUGCACAGCCCUGCAGUUCCGCUGCAAGACCAGCCAGCUGUGCAAACCCCGGUUUUUCCUGUGUGACGGCGUGAAUGACUGCGGAGACGGCACUGAUGAACUGGACUGUAAAUGUCCAGACAAGUAUCUAAAAUGUAGAAAUGGCAAAUGUAUACCACAGGAGCAGAAAUGUGACAAAACUGAUAACUGUGGGGAUGGCACCGACGAGUCCGACUGUGGAGAGGCUGUGACGACCACUUGCACAGUGAACACCUUCAAAUGUGACAGUGGAGAAUGCAUGACCAAGCUGAACCCGGAGUGUGAUGGCGUGAAGGACUGCGCUGAUGGCUCAGAUGAGAAGCCAAUGUCCUGCAAUUGCGGGAACCGUCCUUAUAGUAGAAAGACCCGGAUUGUGGGUGGUGUGAAUGCUGACAUUGGCGAGUGGCCCUGGCAAGUCAGUCUGCACACAAAGAAGGAUGGGCACACUUGCGGAGCCUCGGUGGUCUCUCCAACCAUUCUGCUGUCGGCUGCCCACUGCUUCCAGGAUGCCCCGGGAGUACGGUAUUCUGAUCCUAGCACAUGGACAGCAUAUAUGGGGGUGCAUAAUCAGGCCACACGAACCACAAGCUCUGAUGUUGUCCAGCGCAAAAUAAAAAAGAUUGUGGCCCACAAAGGGUUUAAUGAUUUCACGUACGACAACGACAUCGCUUAUCUGGAACUAGAAAGUCCUAUCAGCUACACAGAAUUCAUCCAGCCCAUCUGUAUCCCCGAAAGCAGCCAUGUCUUCCCAGUGGGCAAAUCCAUAUGGGUGACAGGCUGGGGGGCUCUAAGUGAAGGAGGAUCUGGAGCCCAAAUCCUACAGAAGGCAGAAAUCCGGGUCAUCAAUCAGACUGAAUGCAACAAGCUUCUGGAAGACCAGCUCACAGCCCGCAUGGUCUGUGCUGGAUACGUCAGCGGCGGCAUCGACGCUUGUCAGGGUGAUUCUGGGGGUCCUCUGUCCAGUGUGGAGUCUAAUGGGAAGGUCUACCUGGCUGGUAUUGUCAGCUGGGGAGAAGGCUGCGCUCGCAGGAACAAGCCAGGAGUCUACACAAAAGUGACAGCUAUGAGGGACUGGAUCAAACAGAAUGCAGGUCUGUAACGGCCACAGUGGACUGGAGAGGGUCACAAACUUGUUUUUAAGGUUAUAUAAAUAUAUUUUUGGACUAUUUCAUGAAGUUUGGAUGAAACUGUGACCAGUUGUGACAGUGCAGGGGGAGGGGCUGGGAACCUGGAGCCAUUUGUUAUCCUGCUCUUCUGCUCUGCCGCACUGGACUGAGGUCGGACACUUGUACUGGGCAGUGACAAGGAUGGAGGAAUCUUAACGCGGUGGUGUCGGGGAACAUUGUGCCACAAAUACUCCAAAAUGGCGGCCUCUCCUGGCACCAUUAAACUUGGUUGGAUACCUGAUGGGAAGGUCAUGAUCUGGAGCCAACAGACAGCUCAAUUUUUAUAACUGAAAAGGAAUUUUUCAUAUUGGAGGCAUCAACAUGAAACCUCAGCUCCAUGAUGACGGUCACACAUCGGGAAAGCUUAUACCCCUAUUAGAGUGGCCAUGGCGGCUAGUGUGCAUCAGCCACUGGUGUGUAAGCGCAGACUGUGUCUAUUAAAUUCUUCGCCUCUGGGAUUUUAUCUAUUAUGUCAGACAUGUUUUAGUGACUUUUUAUUUUAUUUUUUAUUUUGUCUCUGUUUUGAUGCUCAUCUAGUUCUGUUAGUUUUGUGUCUUUUAUAACUUUUUGUAAAAAUCUCCAACUUUAAAUGUUCAUUUUAGUAGCAAACAAUCAUUGAUCCAGAGAAGACGCGGUUAAUCAUAUGCGUUGUUUUUCAUGGUUACAAAUCUUACUCCAAUUAUGAAUUUUCUGCAACAGUUUUUAUGUUUAUAAAUAAACAUUAUUAUUAAAGUUGUGUCU